AAGAAGGUCUGACGUGGAGUCGUUUGUUAUUCACUAUUGACAAAGAAAAGAACAAUCCAGCAUACUACGGCGGAAGAUCGAAACGAUGAGGGCACUUCAAGAGGACGUCCUUACAGUAGUCCACUCAGCAAAGAUGGCGAGUGGGGGGUUCUCCACGGCGUCGCUGUGGACCGAAGUGAACCGCUGCGGGCAGAAUGGAGACUACACAAGAGCCCUGAAAGCGCUUAGUAAAAUUUUGCAAGAAAACAGAGAUGAUGUGACGGCCCUCCACUGUAAAACAGUUUGCCUUGUCCAGAAUGGCAGCUUCAAGGAGGCUUUAAAUGUCAUGAACACUCAUUCGAAGGUUCUCGGCAGUGAGCUUGUGUUCGAGAAAGCGUACUGCGAGUAUCGCCUCAACCGAGUAGAAAGUUCUCUGAAGACCAUCGAAAAUGCCCCCGAGCAGACGGACAAGCUGAAAGAGCUCUACGGCCAAGUGUUGUACAGACUGGAGCGUUACGACGAAUGCAAGUCUGUCUACAAGGAUCUGAUCAGAAACUCCCAGGAUGAGUACGAAGAGGAGCGGAAGACCAACCUGGCUGCUGUAAUGGCCGCCACGAGUCAGUGGGAGAAGACAGCGUUGGAAGAUCUGGGCCUUCCCGACUCGACGUACGAACUGUGCUACAACGCCGCCUGCACUCUGAUUGGCCAGGUUCAGCUGACAGAAGCCUUCAAUAAGCUGCAAAAAGCUGAAGAGCUUUGCAGAAUUUCUCUGGCGGAUGAUGCUGACAUCACAGAGGAGGACAUAGAGUCCGAGCUGGCCAUCAUCCAUUCUCAGAUGGCAUACGUGAUGCAGUUACAAGGUCGGACAGAGGAGGCGCUGCAGCUCUACAAUCAGGUCAUCAAGCUCAAGCCAUCUGAUGUGGGCCUGCUGGCUGUGACUGCAAACAACAUCAUUACGAUAAACAAGGACCAAAACGUAUUUGACUCCAAGAAGAAGGUGAAGCUGACAAGUGCGGAAGGUGUGGAAUACAAGCUGGCCAAAAAGCAGCUGCAGGCCAUCGACUUCAACAAAGCCCUGCUGGCCAUGUACACCAACCAGGCCGACCAGUGCAGGAAACUGUCUUCUAGUCUUCAGUCCCAGAAUCCCGGUCACCCGCGUCCAGUCCUGAUCCAGGUGGCUCAACUGUGCAGGGAGAAGCAGCACAGCAAGGCCAUCGAGUUGCUCCAGCAAUUUUCAGAGCAGCAUCCAGAGAGCGCAUCGGGAAUCAAACUGACGAUGGCACAGUUGUAUUUAGUUCAAGGUCACGUCACCAAAGCCUGUGAUGUCCUGAGGUCCAUUGAAGAGUUCAAGCAUAAAUCUGGCAUGGUGUCAGCUUUAGUAAGUAUGUACUCCCACGAGGAAGACAUAGACGGCGCUAUUGACGUUUUUAGGCAAGCUAUUCAGAACUACGAGUCAGAACAGCCUGGAUCUGCGGCCCAUUUGGCUCUCGUACGAGAAGCCGCCAAUUUCAAACUGAAGUACGGACGGAAAAAGGAAGCCAUUAGUGAUCUGGAGCAGCUGUGGAAGCAAAACCCGAAAGACAUUCACACUCUGGCGCAACUCAUCUCCGCCUACUCGCUGGUGAACACCGAUAAAGCCAAAUCUCUGAGCAAGCACCUUCCGUCGGCGGACACCAUGUCCUUCAAGGUGGACGUCGACGAGCUGGAGAACUCCCAUGGAGCCACGUACGUCAGGAAAAAGGCAGCAAAAGUGGCGGGGGAAAUCCUUCCCAAAGAAGAAGGCCAAGUGGAUAUCAAGAAGAAGAGGAAGAAAAAGAAAGGUAAACUACCUAAGAACUGCGACCCCAAAGCGACCCCUGACCCCGAGAGGUGGCUGCCCAUGAGAGAGCGCUCCUACUACCGUGGCAAGAAGAAGGGGAAGAAGAAGGAGCAAAUCGGAAAAGGCACACAGGGGUCGACGACAGUUGCUUCCACUGAGCUGGAUGCUAGUAAGACAGCUAGCAGCCCCCCUACCUCCCCUCGACCAGGCUCUGCGUCCGGCUCAGCCCCCACCAACGUAAUCCCUCCACGACAGCAGAAACCCGCCUCCUCCGGGGCCACUCGCAAGAAGGCACCACAGAAAAAGAAAAAGGGGGGCAAAGGAGGCUGGUAGCCUUGGAAAGAAGGACAGACGGAUGGAAGGACCAUGGAAUGCAAUUUUUUUUGUUUUUUUAGGGUCCCACUUUUUUCAUUUUCAGUCAAAACCUUCAACUCCCCUUUCCUAUUAUGAUAGCACAGGAAGUGGCAUCAAAUGGACUCAAACGCUGUGUUUAUUUUUAAGUUGUGACCUUAGGUUACAAUGAGACAUAAUACAUUUUAAUUAAAAAGUAUGAAAUGAACCAUAUUGGGCUUUUGCUUC